ACUGGUAAUGUUUUCUCAGGUAAGUGCUUUCUUUUUUUGUUUUGUUUUGUUUUUUGUUGCUCUGUCUGGUCGCUACACAAAGUGACCUUGCCUGCCUAUUAAUAAUAUAACAUAUUUGCAUUUUUAUGAAAAUGCCAAAAUACAAAAUGAGUGGGGUGCAGGGCUAAGAAAAAUGUUAACACAGGCAUGUAAACCAAUCUAAAUAAACAGGCCUGAUAAUACCGAUCACAACAGCUUCCUACUAAAUGUAUUUCCUGCCUCUAUUGAGAAUGCCGUCUUGUGAAUCGUGCAUUAACGUGGAAGAGUGGUUUUGGCUUUUCAUCAAAAUGUAAUUUUAGUACAAUUAUAAAUGUGUUUAUUUUAAAGAAGCACGGUCACAUGGCAAUAACCUGAACUAACAGUACGGGAUUCUUAGAACAAGUUCCCGUGCGUUCCAUGUAGAACAGUAUUGUAGCGUGCACGGGCAAGGCAGGAGCACGUCUGGUAGGUGACGUAAUCACACACUAAGACAUAAGCCCGAUAUAUCGAUAUACGCUCCUUGCAAAGGAGCCUGCUCUUUAUUGUAUUGUGUUGUAUUCUGAACAACAAAGGGUUUUUAGUUCAAUAUGAAAUCAUUAUAUACUAUACACUAUCCAAAAGUAAACUCAUAUAAUGUUAUCAAUAUGUAUGUGUUUAUCUAUCUUGGACACAAUUAUGAAGCGAUUGCUAAUUGACUCCUAUUUUUUCAAGAAAAGAUCAACAAGAACAACAUUAAAUAAAAAAAAUGUAUAUAUUAUAUGAGAAUAAUAGUUUUUAUAUUAGUCUUAAAACGGAAAUAUUUGCCUAUAAUCAAAACAAAAUUAUAAAACAAGGCCAACUCCAAAAUGAAAAACGAGAAAAAACAAACAAACAAACAAAGAAUUAAAAAAAAAAAACUUGUUAUCAAAAUCUUGGUACAGUUGGCAAAUGCUGAAGUACACCCCACCCAACUCCCCUUAUACACUGUUUAAUGUAUGCAUGUUAAACUGAUUCUACAAAUUGUAUUUAUUUUUAACUUUAUUGUUAAUAAUUGUAUAUUUCUAUUGAUUUGUGGGACCAUGAUUUCCUUGUCUAUAUAUUCACGCAUUGUAUAAACCCAACAAUGAUAACAUCGGGUAUAUAAUGCUUAGAGCACAUCCUACCAAAUUGCUUUGCAGAAUUGUUUUAAAGCAACACUAGGGUUUUGGGAGACACCUUGUGGCCAGUAAAUGAAUCGAAAAAGAAAACAUUACGGUUUGCAUAAUUCAUUCAUUUGGAACCUCAAAUCCGAAUCCUAUUGGAUACAAUUAUUAUGUUCAACUGGUUCUGUUUAGAAGUGAACCCUCUGUUGUUCAGUAUAUAAUAAUGGUAUUAGAGCCUAAAAUGUCACAUAGUGCAGUACAGAGUUUGUUUACCACGUAAAUCACAUUAUUUAGUCUGUUCAUCACAUUAGUAACCGAUACUUCUGUGGUAAAAAGGAAAUAUACAAAUCAGCAACUCUCCUAUCUAACCCCAGCACCUACUAGUAAUGUACCACGCUUAUUUCCAGACUGACUUAAGUAAACAUUGGUGUACUUGGAGACGUGUAAUAGAUCUUACAUUUACCUUCAUCCAUGCUGGUACUGCUUACACUGCUUACAUUCACUAGAUGACGGAGUGCUGCAUUGAAUAUGAGAAUCUCGGGUGUUGAAAGAAUGGGGUAGACAAUUGUUGUUCUUAAAACCUUGUACAGGUGAGACACAUGUUGCUACUGCGUGUUCAUUAGUGAUGUUUGUUAAUUGUGUAGUAUUAAGUUCCACAGUCACAGAAAAUCUUGAACUUUAUACACAAAAUGCUUUGAAAAUCAGCCCAAUGUAUUGCAAUGAGCAUCUCUGCAGUUUGAAUGAUGAAAGAUGAUUUGCUAAUCAUGCCCUCUACAGUCACUGGCCUUUAUAAAGGAGGAAUGGUCAGUUGUGCAAAACAGUUCAUAAUUAGUCAUGUCUGCUAUUGAUUUGAUAGCACAAAAAGUGGAGCCUAUUUCACCCGCAACCUUAAAUGAACACAGGCUUUCAGAAAUACAAAUAGUUAUCCAGCUGUACAGCCUUGCGUGUGUGCCUUUAUAUUCUUCUAAAGAAAGCAAAUGUCCAGUUUUUCUAAUCUCAUUUGCAAAUGUUUUCCAGAUUUGAUCUUACCCUGCCACCAACGCACUACAUUCACUUACUGUGUAGCAGAUUUUGAAUUGGGAAGCUCCUUAUUGUUUUCCAUUCCCCUCCUCUCCCCAUCACAUCAUUAUAAGUAGUAGCUGUACUUCAUUCCAAAUUCACUUGCAGGUAAAAGGACCCCACCUUACCUUUCAUACAUUCCUAUGUGGAGCACACAAUGGCUUAUUGGUGGCUAAUAUUUAAGCGUAAGAACAGAACUGUAGUUGUGAUAGUAAAACCGAUUAAAACAAAUGUAUAAUAAUUUAAAAAAAACAUCUCAAAGCCUUGCUGGUGGAUUUUUAAUCCUGCGUACAGUAUAAGCACAUGUGUAUCCCACAUAGAUAAGUGCAUGCACUUAUUUUAGUGCAUACAGUACCCUUUCUGUUUUCUACUUGAGCUUUGUGGUGCUACAACAUUUCACUCCACUAGAGAGCACCAUAGCAUUAGUUAUAUUCAGGCUGUAUAACGGUGUGAAGCCUUAUCGACAGUCUUCCUCCCGAUCUGUGAGGGCACUGUAUAACUGGAGCAGAGUACCCCGAAAUGGAUGGUUCAGCAGGUCGUUCCAGGGUCAGUCAGAAGCCGGCCAUCCAGGAAGGGAGCAGAGCCACGAUACCAGAAGCCAUCGCCUUAAUGCGGCAGGCGAUAUGUCAGUCACGGAUUGGAGGAUACUUGAUUGGCCACGCCAUCGAAAGAAGGCGUGACAGAAGAAGAGAAAAGGAAAGAGUAUAAAUCUGUAAGAUGGUGUCUUUCUUGGGUAGUCGCUUACCUUGUCCUGUUAACAGCAGGCAGUGGACUCCUGGCAUACAAAGUUUACCACAUGCACAGUGAACUAAAAGGGAUAAAAGAGAAGGAGCAUUUGGCCCCACUCGAAAAGCUGUUCACUGACGAGAGCUUCCAACUGAAUGAAACAGACCUCCACUAUGGUUUUACUCUUGAAAAUAUGUCCAUCUUAUCAAGUCUCAAGAAUGCAAUGGAUAUUGUCACACUGGAAAGGGCCACCAUGCAGGAGAGUGUGCAUCACCUUCAGCAAAAGAUAAGGAGUAUGAAUUCAUCACUGUGCAGCUUAGAUGAAAAGGCUACCAAGAUAAAUCAACUGAAACAAGACUUGGAGAUCAUCAAUAUAAGUAACAGUAAUCUAGUGAUAAGGUUGGAGAACCUCACGCGAACACCAGGACCACCAGGACCUAGAGGAAGCAAAGGAGACCCAGGCCUGCCAGGUAUCGCUGGUCAAAAGGGUGAUACAGGUGUAAAAGGAGAGACUGGCCUCCCAGGGUUGAAUGGUAUUAAGGGAGAAAUUGGAAACCAAGGUCUUCAAGGUCCAAAGGGUGUCAAAGGUGAUAUGGGAGAGACUGGACCAAGAGGACAAACUGGAGGUCCUGGAACAAAGGGAGACAAAGGAGAGCAUGGGCCCAACGGUUUAAGAGGAGAGACUGGUUCAUCUGGGGAGAAAGGAGACAAUGGUGCUCCUGGUGUAAACGGGAAGGACGGUCUUCAGGGAGCACAAGGAGAGAAGGGAGAGAAAGGAAUUAACGGAGAUACAGGUCCAAAUGGAAUGCCAGGGACCUCUGGAAUAAAAGGAGCCACUGGGCAGAAAGGAGAGAGAGGGGAAAAAGGUACCCCUGGUACAAAGGGAGAGACUGGGCUUCAGGGAGGCUCGGGAGUGAGAGGAGAGAAGGGAACUAAGGGAGAUCCAGGAAUUAAUGGAAUAGCAGGAAGUCCAGGAUUGCAAGGGGCUGUGGGCCCGAAAGGAACUAAAGGAGAAAGAGGAAUACAAGGACCGAAUGGAUAUACGGGUGAAAAAGGAGACAAAGGGAACCAAGGUGUUGAAGGCCGUACAGGAGAGAAGGGUGAACAAGGCAUUGGGCUAAGGGGUCCUCAAGGUGCAAAGGGAGACAAAGGAAGUCAAGGAAUUGCUGGAACACCAGGAGCCAAGGGAGAAAAGGGAAACUCAGGUCAUUAUUUAACCGCAAGAAUUGUUGGUACUCCUAAACGAGGACGAGCAGAAUUGUUUCACGAUGGAGAAUGGGGAACAAUAUGUGAUGAUGGUUGGAACAUUAACGCUGCAACAGUUUUUUGCCGCAUGGCAGGAUUCCAGCAAGCAACUGGAUCCUAUACUGCUGGUGAAGGGACAGGGCCAAUCUUGUUGGAUGACCUGACCUGCGCUGGAACCGAGUCAUCACUUUCUGCUUGUCGAUCAGGAGGCUGGAAAAAGCACAACUGCAAUCAUGGUGAAGAUGCUGGAGUUGAGUGUGCUUGAUAAACGGUAGAGUAGUUACCUUGUGAAGCACAGGUCUGAUUUGCAUCUGCAUCAAAGUUCUUCCAAAAACUAGCAAGACAGUGGGUGGGGAUCUGUCAUGGAAAGAGAUGUAAAGUAACUCCACCCAAAUGCAAAUCUACUCAGAACAUUUCUGUGUUUAACCAUCUCAGUGUAGACAUGCUUUUAACAUGUUUCCUUGCUUUUGAAUAAGUACCAACCAUCUUAAAACACAUACAAAAUGCAAUUGCCAAUGACCCUAGUGUCUUAUACAUAAUGUAACAUCUGCUACACUCUUGAUGCUGUGUUGUGUGAAAAUGAAAAGAUAACCUUUUCUUUAUUAUUAGUCAGCAAAUUACCUGAAAUAUGUUUGAUAAUAACUGUAUUGUAUCCUUUUAUUAAAGACACAACCUUGUUGAAAUACUGAUUCCAAUUUGUAUUUUCAGUGUAUAUGUGGCCCAUUCUGUGACAACUCAACCAAUAUUAGGAAUAC